UGUGAUCUACUUUCUCCUGAAAACAUCUCUACAUAAAUACUCCUCUAUACCCACAUACCCCGGGUUAUUCUAGAUUGUCCCUGAUCCAUCCUUAUCCUUAUCUCGCUUAUCCUCGACCACUCUCCAGUUCUAAACAAACCUACUCAUUUCACUUUUGAGCAACAACACCUCUUACUUCGAACACAAAAAGAACCGCCAUCAUGCAGCUCCAGACUCUCCUCCUGACCACCGCCCUCUUCACCACCUCCGCCCUCUCCGCUCCUCAAGGCGACAUCGUCUCCGACAUCAUCUCCAACGCCGAGGGCAUUGCCCAGACGGCCGUCUCGGGAGCCGAAUCCGUCGCCACCCACAUUGUUUCAGACGCCACCUCCAUCGCCAGCGCAGCCGAGACGGGCGGUGCGGCCGCCGCCUCCGACGCCCGCUCGUGGGGAGAAUCGGUCGCCUCGAACGCCGAGUCCUACGGCCAGUCGGUCGCUUCCGAUGCGCGGUCCCGGGCCUCCGAUGUCGCCUCUAAGGCCUCCUCGCGCUGGGACGACUUGACCACUCUUACUGGCACCAACGGCGAGGCCACGGCUACCUCGACGGUGUCCGGCGGAAACACAGUGACCGUAUCCACAGUGACCGCCACCACGACUGGUACCACUUCUACUACUGGUACCUCAACCGGCAUGAGCGCGGGUUCGACUAAAAGCUCCAGCAGCAGCAGCACUGCCUCGACCACAAGCUCCGAGGGCGCGGGUGUGCAGGCUACCCCCGCCGCUGUGUUGGGGUACGGAAUCGCCGGUGUGGCAGGUGUCUUGGGCGUGAUGGCUGCGUUGUAAGGUGUUGCGAUUUUGAAAUACACGUUUCGGGCGGGGCCUGCGUUCUGCGGGUGAAGGAUGAAUGAUCUCUCGGAUCCACCGUUUCCUUUAGAGGUGGAUCUUCCUGUACAUGACUCUAUUCAUACUAUCAUUGUCUAUACUAUAUCCAUGUCUUGUUCGUUCUUAGUUCGUUCUUAUCUCGGUUUCAUAUAUAGCAUUCAAGUUCAUAGAAUGACGCUUUCAAUCACACUCACAAAAUUUAUUCAUCUACGC